CCUCUCCAACGCCCCAUCCUCUCCUUGCCGCUACGCGGCCUACGUCUCCGCACAGCUGCGGACACUUAAGCAUCGGUCGUCGGGGCAGCUCGCACGACACACAAGCCGUUGUCACCAGCCUCUGGGCACCCCAUAAGCAGCCACCAUGCAGAUGGGCGUGUCCUACAAGGUCGUCUACCCCGAGAAGUUCCUCAAGGCGCAGGCGAAGCGCGAGAAGGAAAUCGUGGGCAAGAUGGACGAGGUCCUGCGCAUCCGCGAGAAGCAGGCGGCGCUGCGGGCGCAGCAGCGCAUAAAACGGGACAAGAAGAAGACGACGCUCAAGCUGAACGGCUGGCGGAACGGCUACAAGAUCCAGAAGGAGCCCGAGGCGCAGCUGCGGCCGCCGGACCGGCAGUACGACAUAAGGGUGUACUCGCUGCAGGACAAGUGCCUGUGGACGAUGCCGGAGCUCGGGGAGUGGUACAACGCCUACGCGAAGCCCGAGCGGCCCGAGCCGAGCGACCCGCUCAAGGGCGGCUACAUGGUGCCGCGCGUGAAGACGCCGCCGGCGCCCUGGCACAGCCACCCGAAGCACCACCCGCAGCCGGUCGUCGAGCCACCACGACUCGAGCGCAUGAAGACGCCGCCGAACAUGCACGACUUCGAGGCGAACCUGAAGCAGCAGCGGUACAACGCCGAGGUCACGGUGAAGGAGGGCAGGUUCUAUCCGCCCCAGGAGCCGGGCCGCGUGCGCGGCUACCGGGCGGCGCCCUGGAUGGAUCGGCCCGAGUAACACAAACAACAGUAAUUAC